AACAUUCAGUUAUUAUGUCAUCUUGACGUUUCUCACUUCUUUUUGUUAUCUGUCAAAAGACGAGAACAGUGUUUCAGCCAUGGGUCGUGUCAGGACUAAGACCGUCAAGAAAGCGGCUAAGAUCAUCAUCGAGAAAUAUUACACAAGGCUUACCCUUGAUUUUGAUACCAACAAAAGGAUAUGUGAGGAAAUCGCUAUCAUUCCUACCAAGCCUCUGCGCAACAAAAUUGCUGGAUUUACCACUCAUUUGAUGAGGCGUCUCCGACACUCCCAAGUCCGUGGAAUCUCCAUCAAGCUGCAGGAAGAGGAGCGUGAGAGGCGUGACAACUACGUCCCUGAAGUGUCUGCCCUAGAGCACGACAUUAUUGAGGUAGACCCCGACACCAAGGACAUGUUGAAGAUGCUGGACUUUAACAACAUCAACGGUCUGCAGUUGACGCAACCUGCCACACAGGGUGGAUAUGGUGGCAGGCGUAAUUAAUAAACUAAUUAAUUAAGCUA